CUGCACUCGCAGGCACAGAGACAUGCACAGGGCAGCUAAACAGACCACACGAGCACACCAGCACACAUGUCUAUGGAGGAAGAUUACGACGAGCCACCUCCGGCGGCGCCUAUAGUCUCGUCUGUUAUCAGCGUUGGAGCAACGCUGGGAACUCGUGCUUAUGAGGUUCCGGCUUUUCAAAGACAAUACGAAUGGACGACCGCGAACGUCGACAGGCUUUUGAAAGGGACUUACGACUCUUUCUGCCAGGAACGCCCCUAUUAUUUUCUUGGCUCUUUAGUGGUCUAUGUGAAAGGUUCGAAGCAUCUCGUCAUCGAUGGUCAGCAGCGCCUUACCACAUUGGGGCUGCUCAUCAGCGCCGCACGACAUUUAUUGGAAACCCGCUUCAAUGCAAGCCCCGAGCUCCUUGAGCAGAUGAGUGGUUAUAUUUGCCGACGUCCCAGAUUGACAACCCGUCAAUUACUGCGGAAUCCAGCGCCCGCUAUAAAUGUUAUUUCAUAUGAACGAACGGAUUUUCGAGUCGACUUUUUGGAGUUACCGACAAGCCAUCGUCCGCCAGGUGGUUUGCAUGAAAACACCGCAUGGGACCACGUAAUACAAAACUUCAGGCACACUCAGGCUUUUCUAAAGAGCAGAUUCAAGGAAACGGACGCCGAAAAAUUUGCAGAAUAUGUCGACUUUCUUUUCGAAAAAGUGUUUUUCUCCACCACUGAGACUUCCGAUCUGGAACAGGCGUUCGAGAUGUUCGAUACCCUGAAUACGACAGGGCUCAGCUUGUCAGCAUGCGACAAAUCGCGGGCACACAUCAUGACUGGACCAGCAUUCUUGAGCAUGAGCGAGACUCAACGCAGUAGUUUCAUACAUGCUUGGAACAUAUAUGAAGAGACACUUGGACGCGAAGAGUUUGAGAAGGGUUUUGUCCUGAUGAUGGAAGUGUUCUGCUACAACAUGGGAGACGAGAACUUCGACGCCAUCAUGAAUAUGGACUUAAAUGAACGCUUAGGCUUAAUGAAACCGAGUCCUUUCCAAGAUCCUGCGGCAUUCGGUGCAGAAUGGUUUCGACCUUUCAUGGACUGUAUGCUGGUAGUUAAGACGCAAGGGAGUUUCGAGGCAUUGGGCACCUUCGCUCCUGUCUUGAGAGAGAUUGACGCGAAAACCAACGGCUUGCGGAUCAAGUUGAAGAUUAGGCUCUCCCAUUCGAUCAUGCUUCUGAACCACAUUAUAAAAUCCAAAGGUCGCCGCAUAUGGCUUCCGUGUCUGAUGAAGGCCUAUCAACGAUUCUGCAUGAAUCUAGCUUCCGAUGCUGAAGUAUCCUCCGCCCUUGAAUUUUUAACGCUAGCGUUGGAAAGUAUCGAGCGAAUCUUUGGGCUCUUCUUCCUCUGCGAUGCGAAGGAUCUCAAGAAGGAGCGGGAAAAGGCAGUCAAGGUCAUUUGCUGUAAACUCGAGCAAAUCCCCAUAGACGCCGAUUUGCCGACGUUUCUGAAGACUUUGAUAGAUGCCGAUCUAUUUGCCCGACUGAAAGAAGAAGUCGGCAAAAGACUGCCUUUGAUGGAGUUUCAUGGAAGUGAUAAAAAUCGCCGGAGAGGACACUACAUUCUCCGGAAGUAUGAAAGCGUGCUCGCGCCUAAUGCGUUGGUGCAACAUCUGUACUUUGGGACUCUAGAGCAUAUUCUUCCCCAGAAUCCACGGAGGGGACGCAGAUGGCUCAAAGACUGGACGCAGGAACAACGACUGACCUGCGUUCAUAUGCUGGGCAAUUUGGUUCUUCUUUCUGCUGUGGAGAACGGACUGGCAUCGGACUGGGAUUAUCAGAGGAAAAGAAACACCUACUUCCUUGACGGAGCACAAAGCAGCACAUUUCACAGUACCGCAUCACUCCGUGAUGUCAAAACAUGGCUGUUUUCGGAUUUCAACACACGGCAUCGGAAUACCGUCAAGCGGAUCCUCGAUGCCUUUGACCUCACGGCGGACCCUGACCUGCUUCCUGAGUCAUGGGAAGCUUUAGAAAAUUUAGAUGAUAGGAUGAACCCUCUGGACGAGGCCGAAGCGGACACCUCCGGUCCGCACACGGCUGCUCCCACGACAGCGCCCCUACCUACGGCCAAUUUGCAUGACCCUGGGGCCUUCUCUUCUUCCCCCAACGCGCCGUCCACAAUUCAUUCGCAGGAUUUACCAAAGGAGGGAGAACCGACGAGCGGGGUAAAAAAACGGAAGGCUCCCCCAACGAAGGAAGAAGGAAGCAAGGGCAAAGCCUUGCGCAGGGGUUCAUCAGUCAACCAGGCCCCAACGCUAGAAGAUGCAUCGGAUUUUUCCCCUGUUGCAACGAAAGAAAAUGGGAUCGUUGCCAGGGAAUCGUCGUCGCCUCCGCCAUUCCAACCGUCCUCUGACGCACCGAAUCACGCUGUGUCCGUAACUCAAGGGGAUCCGCAAUUGGACCCCGAUCCUAUAGACCCCGGUACCGACGAGGAGAUUGGAACUGUGAAACUCCGUUAUUAUGUAUGGCGGUGUGGAGACCUGCCUGAGUUCGGAUACGUCAAUACAGUCACGCGGCCGAGAGAAGAGGGAGAUGAAACUAUUCACAUCGAGGAAUACGAGGGUCCAGAUCAAACCACAGCUGAGAAGAACAAAUUCAAAAAGGAACUUCGCAACCGAUUCAAGUUGAAGGACGCCUCGAACGUGUACAGGAAGAGGAAGCCUCAGAAGGGGAAGGCAUUAGCGGAAGCCUCGGCCUUUCAACAACCCCCGCAUAUCGGCGUUGAUGUGGAGCCCAACGUCCCAGUCAAGACGCUUUAUGAGACUGCGGCUGCGUGCCUGCGAUACGUCUCUCAGAAUACUCCUCCGCUCCCACGGACUGGUCGCGCCGGGAGUAGUCGCGCGGAAAAAGCCGGUUUAGACUGGUGGUUCCCAGCGUCAGCCAUCCAGCAACACUGGGUGCUGAUCAAAACAUUGCCACAAGCGGUCAUCUCCCGUGGGAGAGAGGGCCCGGAUGGAAAACCACAGAAAGGGAUAUGGCGGGAUGCUCCAGGAUCCACAAGCAUGACAUCGCGCUCCUGCGAAAAAACUUUUCCGCAGCCGAGAUUUUUGGUGUAGAGAUCAAUUGCAACGACGCGUCCCAUGAAGUGUCUGGCCGGCUCUUGAACCAAGAGCUGGCUGAAGGAGGUCACGAGGAGGACAACGAGGCAGAAAGCGGGCGGGGGCAGCAUGAUGGCGGGGAAGAAGAGGUGGAAGAAGAUAUGCAAAACCCGGAGUCCAGCUACGGGGAUAAGGAGGGGUUGGUCGAUGACCCAAACCUGGUUUAAAUGAACCUGGAAUGAA